AAAAGUCCGAGCCUCCGGCUGUGUAGCGACUCCUUAGAGCUAUCGCGCUAUGCGGUACCUACAGUGCCUGUUGCUUUGGGUGUUCCCAAGGGUCUGGGGACAAUCGGAAGACCAGCUAAAGAAUUUCCCGUUCCGCUGCCUGCAGAUCUCUUCCUUCCCAAACAGUAGCUGCUCACGCACAGAUGGCUUGGCCUGGCUAGGGGAUGUGCAAACACACCGUUGGAGUAAUGCCUCUACCAUUAGCUUCCUGAAGCCGUGGUCCAAGGGCAAACUCAGCGACCAACAGUGGGAGAACUUGCAGCUUGUAUUUCAAGUUUAUCGAACCAGCUUUACCAGGGAUGUACAGGAAUUAGUCAAAAUGUUGCCUAUCAUACACUAUCCCAUUGAGAUGCAGUUGUCUGCUGGGUGUGAAGUGCACUCUGGGAACGCUUCGGAAAACUUUUUCAAUGUAGCAUUCCAAGGAAAACAUAUCCUGAGUUUUCAGGGAACAUCCUUUCAGAAGGCCCCAGACGCGCCGCCUUGGACAGAGGUGGCCAUUAAAGUGCUCAACAAUGAUCAAGGGACCAGGGAAACUAUCCAGCAGCUUCUGAACCACACCUGCCCCCAGCUUGUCCUUGGCCUGUUAGAAGCAGGGAAAGCAGAACUGGAGAAGCAAGAGAAGCCUGUGGCCUGGUUGUCCAGGGGCGUCAGCCCUAGUCAUGGCCAUUCGCAGUUGGUGUGUCAUGUCUACGGCUUCUACCCAAAGCCUGUGUGGGUGAUGUGGAUGCAGGAUGAGCAGGAGCAGAAUAGUACUCAGAGAGGUGAUAUCCUACCCAACGCUGAUGGGACAUGGUAUCUCCAAGCAACCCUGGUUGUGGAGACUGGAAAUGAGGCUGGCCUUGCCUGCUGGGUGAAACACAGCAGUCUAGAAGGGAAGGACAUCAUCCUCUAUUGGGGUGGCAGAUAUUCAACUUUGGGUCUUAUCCUAGGAGUACUUGCAGCACUAGUAGUUUUUGUGCCCUGUUUUGUGUUCCUCUACAGGAAGCGCUGCUCCUAUCAAGACAUCUUGUAGCCCUCCUUACACCUGCCUUUCCUGAGACUCAGACCCUCGGCUUCUAGGACUUCAGUCCCGGUCAGCUCAGGAAGAAGUGAAGAGCAAACAAAGACCCUUUCAACGUGUAUUUAAAAGAAAAUGAUUCGGUUUUUAUUAUGCUGAAAGUUUAUAAGCCCAGGUGGCUUGGAACAAACAUGAUUGCAGAUGCACAUACCUACCAAGAAUGAGCUGUGGGCAGUAUUUUAUGGGAUUUGCAUUGAACUGGAAAGCACAGGCUGUACCCAAACAGAUGCUUCAGGAUUUGUUGACAAGCCAACAUGGCUCAACUCUGCAGUUUUCAUCAAAACUAGAAAUACAGAUUUCUGGGGGUGACAUACAGAUUUUAAAAAGUAAGCUCAAAUGUUUGCAAAUAUUGGCACAGUUUGAUAUCUUAGAUCCACACCUGAUGGAUGUGGAUAUAAUGACAAUCCCAGGGCUUCCAGUUUGUGGCUCUUAAAAAAAAAAAUGUUUAUCCUAAAUGCCACAAUGAUAAUUUUAGGACAUAGUCUCUAUUGUAAAUAUGCACUGAUGACUGAAGAGUGUAUUCUCUUUAAAAUAAAAUUAGGAGGUCUCCUGAGGUUUUA